AUGAUACGUGUAGCCUAUGCCUCAUAUUCCCAUGCAGGAAACUCUAGAUCAGAAGACAAAUAUCAUUCACAGAGACCUGACAGGAUGGCCACCAGAGAUUUCACAGUAGGAAUGGUCUUCUUAUCAGAGAAUAUAGUUGGAAUCCUGGGGAACAUCUCUCUUCUUUACCAUUAUCUCUUCCUUCACUUCACUGGAUGCAGGCUAAGGUCCACAGAUUUGAUUGUGGAACAUCUGCCGGUAGCCAACACCUUGGCCAUGCUCUCUACAGGAAUCCCAAGUGCAGUGGCAGCAUUUGGGUGGAAACAUUUUCUCAGUGAUAUUGGAUGCAAACUUGCUUACUAUAUCCACAGAGUGGCCAGCGGUGUGUCCAUUGGCACCACCUGCCUUUUGAGUGUCUUCCAGGCCAUCACCAUCAGCCCCAGGAACUCCAGGUGGGCAGAGCUCAAAGUGAAAGCUCCAAAGUACAUUGGGUUCUCUAUUUUCCUCUGCUGGAUCCUACAGCUGCUGAUAAAUAUCAUUUUUACUCUGUAUGUGACUGGUAAUCGGAGCAACAAACAUGUCACAAAGAAAAAAGAUUUGGGUUUAUGUUCUACUGUAAUUCAUGACAGAAUCAGAGUCUUAGUGAAUGUAGGAUUGUUAUUAUUCCCUGAUGUUUCAUGUUUGGGACUCAUGGUCUGGACCAGUGGCUUUAUGGUUUUCAUCCUGUACAGGCACAAGCAGCAGGUCCAGCACCUUCAUAGGACUGACAUCUCCCCUAGAGCCUCUGCUGAAUCCAGAGCCACCCAAAGCAUCCUUGUCUUGGCGAGCACUUUUGUGUCUUUGUACACUCUCUCUUCCAUCUUUCACAUUUACUUGGUUCUUUCUAAUAAUCCCAGCUGGUGGCUGGUAAACUCCAGUGUACUGAUUACUACAUGUUUCCCAACUGUGAGCCCCUACAUUCUCAUGUGUCAUGACCACAGAGUAUCCACAUUUUUCUUUGCCUGGAUAAGGAUUAGAUAA